AUGCAUCAUUUUGGAUUUCUUUGUGCGUUCCUCACUUCCGUCGCUGGCGCGAUGCCUUUGGAAGAAAACCCAUUCCCAGGUGCCACCAAGUGGACUCCCAACCAACAAAUCCAAUCUGACGAGGUCAUCGUCCCCGUGAAGGGUGCUUCCUACGUCGUUAAGGAGGAAGCCUACCUUGCCAAGCUUAAGGCCGAGGGUAUCAAGAUUGGUGCUCCCGAGCUUGACCCGUCCUGGGUAUCUUACAACGGCACUGACCUCCCCAAGUCUGAGAACACCAAAUUCUCAAAAAGCGACCUGGGAAAGAGAGCCGACUGCGACGGUACCUUCUAUAUCACUACUGACAAGACUGAAACCUUCGUCGAUUGGGACGUACAGAUGUCGCCCGUCAUCUGCGCCGUCGGCGACAUGGACAUCAGUGUCUCCUCAGGCUACAGCGUUGCCAACACCGUUGGAGGUAGUGCGGGAGUCGACCUCACGUUCAUCAAAGAUCGCCUGGGUGCGUCUCUUGGCAUUGACUACAGCCGCACCUGGAUCACGCAGACGUCAGUAAUCACCAAGGCCACUAUCAAGAACGGCCAGUGUGUUCCGGGCUGCAUUGGAUCUGCUACGGAGGUUGGUACUUGGUAUGCCGAUAGCCGCAACGAAGGAAGCUAUAAUGGUAUCACCUGGAUUGAAGGAGCAAUCUCCGCCUGUGCCAAGCCAGGAAACAAACCUCCUUUAUCUCGCUGCAACGGACAAGGAAACUUCCGUUAA